AUGGUUGUGAUCGCACCAGCUCCACGUCCCAGUACAGGGUCCGUUUUAUUCGAACAUCCUUCGUCGCUUCAAAGAGUACUAUCACCAGCUCGCAGCCCGUGGUCUUACAUCGUUCGUCGCUUCAAAGAAACCCAUCAUCAGCUCAGGAAGCGCCCUCUUGCCGACCCCCUCACGUCGUUGCCCAAACCUAAGCGCAUAGCAAGCAGUCGACAGUCUGUCAUGCCGAAGUCUGCAGGCCGCUCUGUCCGUGUGGCUGAAUCAUCGUCAUCCGAGCCCACCAAACGUAAAGGGGCCAAGUCUGACUCGGUACAACCCCUUUCUGAACGACGGAACCUCAUUUCUGACUUGGCAAAGGACCACGCGCCGUCUACCUCCACGCGCUUCUCGGGUCAUUCGCCCAGCCGAUCCUCUGGCAAGGCCUCAAAGGGUACCAAAACCAGUGCGGUUCCAGGUGCAGUCCGUUCCGCCGAACCCAGCUCUGUUCCUUCGUCUGGAAGCAGCCUGCACGCGCUUGAACAGAGUGCUUUCAUCAAGGCCUGCAUUGCCAAGCGGAACAAGCAAAUCGUUGACAACUUGAUGGAAAUCAUUCAAGAGUGUAUUGAUAACUCGCUGGGAACCAGUGACGAGGCCCAAGACGGAGAUGAACCCGGUCGAUCGAGCUCAUCGAGGGGCGGCUCCAAAGGUACCCGGUUCCAAGGUUCGACCACAUCGCUAGCUGGACAGAAGCGCCAGCUUCAGCGCGGCGACGGCAGCGAGCCUCCCGGCGACGACAGAGGCGACGGCGACAAGAACGGCAAGGAUAGGAACAGCAAGCGAGCAAAGACAGAUAGCGACGAUAGCCACCGAAAAUUCGCUUGCCCUUACAACAAGUACAACCCCAAGAAGUGGAACUCUGGGUUCCGGCGUUACUGCCGACGCCAGCUGCCCAACGCCAUCCGCCGCGAGAUCGAAGAGGAAAUUGAUCGCAAGAGCCUCGACUUCGAGGGCCACAUGCGUAGCAAGAUCAUCGACAUUGUCGAGGGCGUCCAGGUCAGGAUGUACAUGAACUACAGAGCCAUCCAGUCCCCCGAGGAGGUUUCGACCAUGGGCGACCCCAACAUGCCAGCCCAGACCCAGCCGCAGUACCAGCCCGGCUUCUUCUCGACAGUGCCUCCCGACGCCGUUGACGAGUACGAGAGCUUGACGCAGGCGCUUCUGCCCGACCUCGAGGGGGCCUGCGAAGGCUGGGACCCGACGUCUUUUGCCGUCGGCGAUUCCCAGCCCGCGAACUGCUGCGACCAGGGCCACUUUCUUUGCGACUCGGCGUACUGCUCCAAUCCGUCCUUAUCUGUUGAUUCCGCUGCCGACCGAUAUCAGGGCUACGGCUUCUACGAGUGA